AUGACGUUUGCUGGGACAAAUAUCAGUUUGUCCCAGCCGGAUAUCACGCAGAAACUAACGGAGCGCUUAGACGACCUGAAGCAAAAGAUCGCUGCUUGCGGGAAGCGGAUCCGGCGAUUUACCGAGAGGUCAAAGAGGUUCAACCAGAAUUGUCUCUUCCAGAGGUAUCAGAAGAGGCUCUAUAAAUCAUUGGAGCGACCAGAGGUAUGUGGAGCGGGCCCAGGACCGGAUCAGGCUAACACUGUCGCAUUUUGGCGUGGCCUGUUGUCAGAGCCCGUAAACCACAGCGAGGGCCCUUGGAUGGAAGUUGUUGCGAGUCAGUGUGAGAGUAUUACGCCCAUGGACCCCGUCAUCAUAACGCCGGACGACGUGGAUGAGGCGGAUUGUAGGGCUCCGAACGGGAAAAGUCCGGGGCUCGACGGGCUGCAUCAUUACUGGCUGAAGGGUUACUGUGUGAACCCCUGA